AUGAAGGAAUAUUUUUCUGAUUACCCAGAUUUUUUCAAUGAGGAACUACGGCCUUAUAAUUUGGAUAAUAUAUUGAGCGAACUAAAAAGUAAGUUUUUCGAGAAAGAGUAUGACUAUAACAAAAAUAAUAAUAAUGAAAAUACAAACGAAAUAAUUUUGAUUACCUCUGGAGGAACUAAAGUUUCAUUAGAACAUGCCUCAAUAAGAAGUGUUGAAAAUUUUUCAACGGGAAAACGAGGAGCACAUAUAGGAGAAUAUUUUCUUUUGAAAAAUAAAAAAGUAAUUUUUUUAUACAGAAAAGGUACAUUUAAGCCUUUUGAAUAUAAUUUGAAGCAAUUGUCUACGUUAAAUAAUUUUGAAAUAAAAAAUCAAAAUAUACAUUUUAAUUUAAGUAAUGUGGAUAAUAAUUUAUUGAUUAGUGAUAUUGAAAAUUUUAGAAAAUAUGAAAAAAAUAUUUUUUGUAUUCCUUUUGAAACGAUUUUUGAUUAUGCCUUUUACUUAAUUGAAAUUUGUAAAAUUUUACAUGGGCGUGUUAAGGGGGGAUGCUCAAAAAGCUACAAAAAUUAUAAAAAUUGUGAAUUUGAUGAAAUAGGGAAUAUUCCACAUGUUGAAAACAAUUCGGAUGUUAUACAAAAGGGCGAAAUAUGUUGCAAUACUCCCCCCACAGAACAAAUAUAUGACCAGGCUUAUCACAUGUUAAAUAACUUAUAUAAUCUUUUGCUAAAUAGCGAGUUAGAAAAUCUUAUCAGUUCAGGUAAAUUAAUUAAUGAUGAUUUUUUUCUGAACGUGCUAAGGCAAGUUACAGAAUUUAAUAAUAAGACAAUUGACAAUAUGGUAUUUGAAAAAUAUCCUGAAGACGAAACAAAUUUAUUUACUGAUUUAAAAUUAUUUAUUAAUGAUAUGCUUAAAAUUUUAAACAGUUGGUUAAAUAAAAAGAGCAACAUGUUCUUAGAAUGUGAUAUUUCUUUAAAAGAAAAAAUUUAUAAAAUAAUUUUUUUUAUGAACAAAAUUAGCUAUAUUGUGUGUGAAAAAAAAAAAAAAAAUAGCGUAAAUGUAAAUAAUAGCUACAAUUUUAAUGACGCUCUUUUUUAUCCUUUGUCACAAAUAAUAAUUUUGUGUGCAGCUGUAAGUGAUUACUAUAUACCAUAUAACAAAUUAAGUAUAGACAAAAUUGAUAGUGAUAAAAAAAAUGGGCUUAAUCUUAAUAUGGCCUUAAGCCCAAAGUUUUAUAAAAUAAUACAUAGGCAUUUCCCUCUUUUAAAUAUUUGUAGUUUUAAGUUGGAAAAUAAUGAACAAGUACUAUUAAAAAAGGCACGUGAUCGAGUAAAAUAUUCAGAUAUAUUAAUAGCAAACUUGUUAAAUUACAGAUAUAAAUAUGUUUAUAUUUUUAAAAAUAAGAAAGAUUAUUAUUUAUUAAAAAAAAGUGAUAAUUUUGAGAAUAUUGAAUAUGAAAUAUCUCAAUACAUUUACAAUCAUUUGAUUGAUAAAAAAUUGUGGAAAUAA